GGGGCGCCCGCCGCGGCCCUGCGGCCCUGCCCGCGCCGCCGCCGGGAGCCAUUUCUCGCCGCCGCCGGGACCCGGCCCUGGGGGCGGGUGCCGCGGGCCGCCCGCGCCUUCCCGAACCCUCCCGAACCCUCCCGAACCGCCCCGAGCCGCCCCGAGGCGCCGGGCCGCGCGGGCUGGGGGUGCGGGGCGAGGGGCGCGCGCGGCGCUGGGGGCAGGGCAGGUGUCAGGCUCCUUUGUUGUCGCGGGUCGGGCCCGCGCCUGCCGGGGGCCCCGCUGCGUCUGCGGCCCGGGCCGCCCCCAGGCUCAGUGCCAGGCCGGGGUCCGGGAGCGCCCUCGAGGCCCGGGGCGGAGGACUGGCCCGGUUCGGGCACGGCCGGCGGGAUGCGAGUGCCUCUCCCCCCGCGCGGGGACGAGCGGAGAAAGGGGCGGCGCGGGGGGGGGCGAGAGCCGCAGCUGAGCAGCAGCCCCCGCCCAGGGCAGCCCGGGGGCCAGCGCUCUAGUCACUGGCGCUCCCCAGGGGUCCGGAGUCCGCCCGCCCCGGCCCAGGGCGCCCCAGACCCGCGGCAGGGUCUGCACCAGGCCUUCUGGGCGCCCGCGCUGCACUUGGCUGGUCCAGGUUGCUCGCGGGAGGUUCACGCUGAGACCACCGGGGAGUGACCAACUGGGGUGCCUGCCCGCUGUGUACACGCACGGUGGUGGUGGGCUUGCCGCUGUGAGAGACGGUGGAGCACGUGGGUGUCCCACACCUGGAACCUAGGUCCGGGAACUGCAGUUGGUAACAGGCCCAGCGGCAUCCCGACCCCCGUCGGGCGCAUUCUCACUGUGGAGCAUUUACGAUGAAGAAACCUGAAAGUGACUCAGUGACCAGAAGAGUAAAAAGUUGAAACUCUUUUUUUUUUUUCCUUUCAGAAUUGUCACUGAGGUUGCAGUUGGCGUGAAGAACUGCAGUCUGUGAGAACGUCUAAAAGUUCUGUUUGAUUGGAUCUCAGGAAUUAACUGUCAGAUAUGGCUCUUGUGAUUAUAAAUGAUAACCUAGUUUUCUGAGUGGAAAUUAUGGUUUUCAAUGGAUAGAUAAGAGAGGAUCUGACGAACUACUGUCAGGCAGUGUUCUCAGUAGUCCAAACUCUAACAUGAGUAGCAUGGUGGUCACAGCCAAUGGCAAUGAUAGUAAAAAAUUUAAAGGUGAAGAUAAAAUGGAUGGUGCUCCUUCUCGUGUACUUCAUAUUCGAAAAUUACCUGGUGAAGUGACAGAAACAGAAGUUAUUGCUCUAGGCUUGCCUUUUGGUAAGGUGACCAACAUUCUAAUGCUGAAAGGAAAAAAUCAGGCGUUUUUGGAACUUGCAACAGAAGAAGCAGCUAUUACUAUGGUUAAUUACUAUUCUGCUGUGACACCUCAUCUUCGUAACCAACCGAUAUAUAUCCAGUACUCCAAUCACAAAGAACUAAAAACAGAUAACACAUUAAACCAACGUGCUCAAGCAGUUCUUCAAGCUGUGACAGCUGUCCAGACAGCAAAUACUCCUCUUAGUGGCACCACGGUCAGUGAGAGUGCAGUGACCCCAGCCCAGAGUCCAGUACUUAGAAUAAUAAUCGACAACAUGUACUACCCUGUAACACUUGAUGUUCUUCACCAAAUAUUUUCUAAGUUUGGUGCUGUAUUGAAGAUAAUCACAUUUACAAAGAAUAAUCAAUUUCAAGCUCUCCUUCAGUAUGGAGAUCCAGUAAAUGCUCAGCAAGCAAAGCUAGCCCUUGAUGGUCAGAAUAUUUAUAAUGCUUGCUGUACUCUAAGGAUUGAUUUUUCCAAACUUGUGAAUUUGAAUGUGAAAUACAACAAUGACAAAAGCAGGGAUUACACUCGACCUGAUCUUCCUUCUGGAGAUGGACAGCCUGCUCUGGAUCCCGCCAUUGCUGCGGCCUUUGCCAAGGAGACAUCCCUGCUAGGGCUUCCUGUUGCAGCUGUUCCAGGAGCUCUGAGUCCUUUGGCUAUUCCAAAUGCUGCUGCAGCAGCUGCCGCAGCUGCCGCGGGCCGAGUGGGUAUGCCCGGAGUCUCAGCGGGCGGCAAUACAGUCCUGUUGGUUAGCAAUUUAAAUGAAGAGAUGGUUACGCCCCAAAGUCUGUUUACCCUCUUCGGUGUUUAUGGGGAUGUGCAACGUGUGAAGAUUCUGUACAAUAAGAAAGACAGUGCUCUAAUACAGAUGGCUGAUGGAAACCAGUCCCAACUUGCCAUGAACCAUCUUAAUGGACAGAAAAUGUAUGGAAAAAUAAUCCGUGUUACUCUGUCUAAACACCAGACUGUACAACUACCUCGAGAGGGUCUUGACGAUCAAGGGCUAACAAAAGAUUUUGGUAAUUCCCCAUUGCAUCGUUUUAAGAAACCUGGAUCCAAAAAUUUUCAGAACAUUUUCCCUCCUUCUGCCACCCUUCACCUAUCCAAUAUCCCUCCUUCAGUAGCAGAAGAGGACCUACGAACACUGUUUGCUAACACUGGGGGCACUGUGAA